AUGGCUGCAGAUGUCGCUGUUCACCUCUUAUCCACCCUUGAAAAACAUAGAGGUGAUGUUACUUGUGGUAAUUUAAAGCGUAAAAGGGGUUUGAGUGAUAUCGACGCAUUUUCACUCAGCGAGGUUGAUGUUUACGCCUUUAUUUCGGCACUUAAGGAUAAGACCAUCUCUCAAGAUGAGUUCGACGAUAUUUACCAAUUGGCUGUGAAGGAUCUGGUCGAUAAUGAGGAAAUAGACACUGUGAGGAGGGAUAAUGGUAUAAACCUCCUCAUUGCUCGUAAUGCUCAAAUCAGUCUCGGAUGCAGACUCCGGCUGAAACUGUCCUCUAUUGCUAGGAAAUGGCGCCUCGAAUUCUGCACCUUGGUCGCCCUUUUCCUCGGAUACACCUUCGCUUUGACGAAAAUAAGACGCGCGACGGCAGAGAAGAAACGAGUGAAAGAAUUGGUCAAGUAUACGAUCGAACAUGUGCGGGAGAGGAUGGUCGAAAGUAUGCACGAUCCAACCAUGGCGCCUUACGUCAUUCCCGAACAGAUCAGAGACAAUGCGCUCUCAGAUAUCCACUCCUCGGCUAAGCGACAAAAGCUAUGGAGUCGCGUGAGGAGCGUCGUCGAAUCUAACGCUAAUAUACAGCUCAAGCAGCUAGAGAUACAGGGCGACAUUACCGAUGUGUUUGAAUGGAAGUCGUCGUGA